AUGAUGCUUCGACCGAGAGCCAUUGCCGGCCCCCUGCUGGGACUUGUCGUGCUUACAGCGACGGUACUUUCGGCAGAGGAAAAGCGAGGACCAGUGCUGACCGAUGACUUGGAAUGUCAAUUGGUGGCGCUUUUGCCAUUCAGCGAUGAACGUGAGGGUCCUCCCAAGGCAAUCCAAGAUGAGGGUGUCGAGUACUACGGCUACGGGAUUUGGCCUGACAAGGAGACACUGGAGAAGGCCUCUUUUACCCUCAUGUUGACUGCUGAAUUGGCUGUCAAACACUUUAAUGAACGUGACGCUUCCAUCGUCCCCGAGAUUGCCGACAUUGACUAUUGCAACAUCACCUUCCCUUCCAUCCUCUACCGCGACAGCGGAUACAGUCGUCCCAUGGCAGUCGACGCACUACUCGACAUUACUCGCCAAGCUGCCAGCAACAACCAAGAUCCUACCAAAGCCAUGUGUGCUGUGAUUGGACCCACUCAUCCUCGAGUCAACGAAGGAGUUUCGGCCGUCACGGAAAACCUAUGGAUCCCUCAAAUGGCCUACUCGACAAUUGACCGUCGACUGUCUCGUCGGGCUGAUUUUCCAACUCUAGCUCGAACCAUUACUUCUUCGCAAGACUACGGAUUCGCCAUUGCCAAUUUCGUACAACGAGACGUCGUCGAGCGCAAGUUCUUGGCCAUUAUUUAUGAUGCAUCGGACUAUGGAGAACAGUAUGAAGAUCCAUUGGAAGACGCCGAGGACUUUUUGGAGGAAUACGCCACUAUCACGGAGCACAUUAUCGAAGGAGACAGAGGAUCCAUCGAAGAGUCGCUAGAGACCACUGUGGAGGAUGGAUACCACAGCAUUCUAUUGGCCACCGAUCGUCUGGCGGUCUUGGAUGAUGUCGCCGACGUUGCAGCAGACAUGGGGUUGUUGGGAGACGACUAUUUCUGGAUGCUUUCGGGAGAUAUGCUGACUCCCGCCAUGCUGCCACACAUCCAGUAUAAAGUCGAUUCCCCUACUGACAAACUACUCCGUGGUGCUGCCGUCUUCACCAACUACGACCCCUUCAAAUACUAUGGCGAAGCCGAUCCCUUUUUGAGGGCUUGGAGAAACCAACCGGACAGCAUUGCCGAACAUUUCAACGAACCAAUGAACAAUCCACUCAACAAAACCAUUCUCUCAAGCAUGGAAACUGCGGGGUACUUUCGAAGAGAGACGCCCACUGAGUAUGCCAGCUUCCUCUAUGACUCCAUCGUCUUGACUGGUCUCAGUGCGUGCAAGGCUCACAGCGAAGGCGGAGAACACGUAGCCGAAGUAUUCGAAACAGAGUUCCAGGGCGCAUCGGGAUAUGUUCAGUUCUCCCAAUCCCAUGAAACCAGUGAGCUAGCGUUGGGACGUCUGAACGGUAGAGACAUUUCGGGCGUCAUUUACGGAAUGUACAAUCUUCGACCGACGACUGUGGAUGAAAAUGACAUGCAAAGCUACGAGCUCGUCUUGACACACCUGUACACCAAUGACACACAGGUGGAAGGCUCGGAUAUGCCAGUUCCGGGGAGCUGGGUUCCUGUGGAAGGUACCGAGUUUCUCUUUUAUGAUGGUACCACCAACGAACCCCAGCCACUAAAGACCACUGCAGAAUGGAACUACUUGUCCCCAGGAAUUCACGCUUUUGGAUUGUUCCUCUGCUUCUUUGCUUUAGUCCUCGCUGUUGGCGCCGGAGUUUGGGUGUACGCCAUGCGAGAGGACCGUAUUGUGAAGGCCAGCCAACCCGAAUUCCUCUAUUUGUUGUGCCUCGGCUCGGCAAUGGUGGCUUUCUCCAUCUUCUUCAUAUCGUGGGAUGAAGACAAGGGUGUGUCUGAAGACACGCUCAGUGGAUUUUGCUCAGCAUUCCCAUGGUUUUUCGUGAUUGGAUACCAGGUCAUGUAUCUGGCCCUUUUCUUCAAGCUGUGGCGAUUGAGUAAACUGCUUUCCAUGAGACGACAAGCAGUACAGAUCAAUCAGGUGCUGAUUCCAUUCGGCAUUGUCAUUUUCCUCAGCGUUAUCAUUCUUAUGGUUUGGCAAAUCGUUGACCCCCUGGUAUGGAGUCGGGAAAUCACCAAUGCAGACGAAGAAGGGCAAUGGAUUUCCUACGCUGAAUGCAACAGUACGGGCGACGCUGGUGCACUACCAUUCAUCAUCCCCCUGGCCAUCAUUAUUUUCAUCUCUGUCAUUAUGACUGGAGCAAUAUCGUGGAAGUUGAAGGAUGUUCAGGCAGAACUCGCAGAGUCCAAGUGGAUCUUCUUCGCAAUCUUCUCGCAUGUGCAAGUUUGGGCAAUUGGCAUCCCCGUGUUUGUCAUCCUAGAUGGAGUUUCGAGAGACGCAUCCUACUUGAUCAUGGCAGCGCUUGCUUUCAUCUUCUCGGUUACCCUGGUCGCUCUUGUGAUUUGGCCCAAGAUGUAUGUCUGGACACGAAACCACUAUUUUGGUGGUCCUCCCAAGCCAAGAAUGUCAAUCUCUGUAGGCAAGAGCCAAACUGUCGUGUCUGGGCUGGACACGGCGGGUGGCACAGGGUCGACAAUGGCUUCAAACACAUCUUUUGCCGGUGCCGACCGGGCUCGAGCUGAAGCCAACGCGCGACGAGUCGUAGCACUUGAGAAUGAAAUGGAAGAAAUGAGACGCAUCCAUGAACAAGAGCGUUCUCACCUGAGUGACAUCGUGCAUAAUCUCGAAUCGCAACAAAAUGGCUUGAUCAUGGAUGCAGAGGUUCAUGCAGCCCCGCCGGCCCCAACCUUUUUCGAGGAAGCAGCCGCAGAAAAAGAUGUCUGGAACGCACCCGAAGGCGGCCGCAUGGGACGUCCAAACCCCUCGUCAGACGGUCCGUCGGACUAUACCCUCGACGACGAGCCUCGGUCUUAG